CCUCUCCAGUCCCAGCUGCCCUUCGCAUCCUUUUGGGGCUCCGGGAGCCACAGGCAGGGCUCCCCGGAAUCCCCCUUCUCACGAUGCCCGGUACCCAGGCCCCGAGGUCUGCGGGAGAUGUAGUGGCCCAGUGUUCGUGGUCUGCUGUCCUGUUGUCUGGACACCUGCGGGGCCUGGAGGUCGUCUGGGCUGGCCAUGUCUGGCUUGGCUGCAGUCCUUCCCGCGCCUGAUUGCCCCCUGUCUCCAGUCUCCCAAAGCCACCCGCUACCCCAAGUGGCUCCCGCUGUCUCCCAAGUAGCUUCCGUGGGCAGCCAGGUGACCUCGCCGCUUACCCUGUGGAAGCGCGAGUCCUCCCAGCACCCUGACCCAUACGUGGUCAAAUAGGACCCAGUAGCGUGGUCUGCGCAGGCACCUAGUGAUGUUUUAACGUGAAGGUGUUCAGAGCCCUUGCCCCGGGAUCGGGGAGUCUGGCUCUAGGCUGGCACCUGCGCAGCUGUCGCCUAAACCCCACAAAUGGGGAAGUCAGAAUAGCCAAGUAUAUGAUGUUUGCAGCCUGGGCAGGAGUUGGCCAGGUUCGGCCACCUCGGUGAUGCUACGUGUUGGUUGUAGAGGAAGCUUAUCCUAAAAUGACAGUACCCCCUCCCCCACCCCAGGCAAGUGGAGACAAUCCCAAAGGCUGGGAAGAAGCGACAGUCACGAGCCAUGUUCAUGUGCGUAUGAGGGCUGUGUUCUCCAGACCUUUAAAACAAACCCACGUUUUGGGAGCAGGUAGCUUUAGACUGAGAGCAUCGCUUCCUAUUCCUUAAAACCGACCGACCGCACAGAUACCCAGAACGCGGAAGGAAAAUGCCACCUCAACUUUGCGGCUCCGACUGCCUGGGUGAGGUCGCACUUGGGAGCAAGCCUGGAUGCUAACUUGUUUUGAAGGAUGACUGUGCAUAGGAAAAAGUAAAUAUUGUCUUCCUUCCAGAUGACCUCAAGUGACCCCAAAUAUUUACUGAGACUUUCCCCUUGCAGAGUCCGUGGUCAGCCCCGGGGCUUUGGCUGAGCCCCUGGAGGAUGGCUCUGAUCUUAAAGAGGGCUCUUCCUUGGCGCGGGUUAAUGAGCAAGCCUAGAGCUGCUUAGUUCUUGGCAUUCCCCUGCGGCCUGAAGAGGGCCACUGACGGGGGUCCAGGCCAUUUCCUCAGAGCGGAAGCUCUGAGACGCCUUUUGCCAAAGUGCACAGUCCCUUGGACUUGAAAAUUGCUGUGUUGCGGCUAUUUUCUUUCUCCACGGGGGUCAGCGUUCAUCUGGCUGUGCUCAAAAGCCAUUUUGGGCAACCUUGGGAGAGGAAGCUGCCUGUCUCUUGCCUUGAGCCAGAACGAGUCCCCUCACCCUGGCCAGCCCCACCCAGCUACAGAAGAACCUGUGCGUGCAUGGCUCUGGGAGGCUUGUGGUAGAAGAGAGGAUGUGCCACCCCUGGGAACUCAUUCCUGGCCCUCCGAGGAGGUAGAGCACGGGUCGAGGUGUUGCAGACAGCCUGCAGAGGUUUGCUUCCCUGCCUGCCUAUCUCCCAGCCAGCUUCCACGUCACCGACGCAGAAGAGGCUUUCUUCCUCAAGGAGGCCAACCAGGACCUAAUGCGCAAUGCCAGCCUGCAGGCCCGAUCCGCCACGCUCUUCAUCCACCGCGCCCAGAGCCCUCCAGCCAUCAAUGCCAGCUACGGCCCCUUCUCCGUAGAGAAGACCGUGCCCUGGGACUUCCUGCUCACGCCCACCCCUUUCGGAAAUAUGGAGAGGUUCCCUUUCAACUGGAGGCUCAAAUCCCAUAUCCUCGACAGCUCCAUCUUUUCCAACCGACCCAAAGUGCAGACGCUGUUCUACGUCACUGGCAUGGGCUGGGAUGAAAAUGACCCUGGGGAUGAUCUUCCUUGUGUCAAGAUGUUUGCCUUCCCAGAGGCCAGGGAGGUGGCAGCCAGCUGCCGGCUGCAGGGGGCCCCUGGGCUGUGUGUGGCACAGCUAGAGCUGUUACCUGAGUGGUUCAGCUCGGGUCUGGACCUCGAACCCCGGGAGGAGAUCCCAGCGUUGCUGGGCGGUACAGCCAUGGAACUAUAUUUUGCCCUUUAUCCAGCCAACGAGGCCGGCCAAUGCCCCCUGGAGGAGGAGGGCAAAUGGGAAAAUAACAUCCACUCAGAACAGGAGGAACCUCAGCCAGUGCUCCCCGCCCGGGAAAGGAUCGGCAGCGUGGUGGUCUACCCUACCCAGGAUGACCUGCGGUGGUCCUUGGUGAGCCUCGACGACAAUGUGGCUCUUUCCAUCCCUCUGAAUCUCAUCCGAGAAGGGGACACGGCCACCUUCUUGGUUUCUCUGACCAGUGGUUCCCUGGCAGAGCAGUUCACUCUUCGAAUCAAGGCGGCUGCGGGUGUGAAGAUUACGGCCGUGCGGGUGAGCCACGAGGACCAGUGGGCAGUGCAAGAGGAAAUUGAGCAGGAUGGUACCCAGACCACGGCUGCCCUGUCCUGCAUGGGCCACCACCCGGACACUCAGAGCAGGGCAAACGGCUCCUUCUAUGAGAUUCUGCAAGUGGACUUUGGUGUUGAAAACAGCAGCGGCCUGGCUGGGGCCCAGCAAAUCACCUGGCAGGUAGAAUAUCCAGUGGAAGACUCCAUGAGUGAACUCUUCGUCUCUGAGAUCUUCAUCAGCCAGACGACCUUUGUGGGCAUCGUCCCUCUCACCAUGGACACAGAAGUUUUGAACACCGCCAUUCUCACUGGGAAGCCCGUCUCAGUUCCUGUCAAGGUCGUGGGAGUUCAAGAAGAUGGAUCUGUGGUGGACGUGCUGGAGUCUGUGGAAUGCAGGUCUGCCGAUGAAGAUGUUGUGAAGGUCUCCAACACCUGUGACUCUAUCUUUGUGAACGGGAAGGAGAUGAAGAGCAAAGUAGGCACGAUUGUCAACUUCACCCACCAGCACUUCACUUCCCAGGUGGAGAUCACCGUCUGGGUGCCCCGCCUGCCGCUGCAGAUUGAGAUCUCGGACACGGAGCUGAGCCAGAUCAAGGGCUGGAGGAUCCCGGUGGCAUCCAACAGGAGGCCUACCCGGGAGAGCGAUGAUGAGGAGGAUGAGGAGAAGAAGGGACGAGGGUGUACCCUGCAGUACCAGCAUGCCCUGGUUCGUGUCCUCACUCAGUUUGUAUCUGAGUCACCUGACCUGGGUCAGCUGACCUACAUGCUGGGCCCUGACUGGCAGUUUGACAUCACCGACCUGGUCACUGAGUUUGUGAAGGUGGAAGAGCCAAAAAUUGCCCAGUUACAGGAUGGCAGGAUCCUGGCAGGACGGGAGCCGGGCAUCACCACUGUGCAGGUCCUUUCGCCUCUCUCUGACUCCAUCCUUGCCGAGAAGACGGUUAUCGUCCUGGAUGACCGAGUCACCAUCACAGAGUUGGGCGUACAACUGGUGGCUGGCCUGUCCCUUUCCCUGCAGCCUCACAGGGCAGACAAGAGGGCCAUCAUCUCCACAGUGUCUGCUCAGGAUGUUCUCCAAGCCCCACAACAGGAAGCCAUCGUCAGUUCCUGGAUUUUGUUCAGCGAUGGCUCAGUGACACCCUUAGACAUUUAUGAGCCCAAGGAUUUCUCGGUGACCGUUUCCUCAUUGGAUGAGAUGGUGGUGUCCAUCCAGCCAAACCUUCAGACCAGAUGGCCAAUCGUGGUUGCCGAGGGUGAAGGACAAGGGCCCCUGAUCAAACUGGAAAUGUCCAUUAGCGAGUCUUGUCAGAAGAACAAGAGGAAGAGUACUCUUGCUGUGGGCAAAGGAAAUGUCAAGGUCAGAUUUGAACCUGGGACGCACGAGCAGCAAGGAGGUGGCAAUGAUAUCGGGGGCGUCAACCGGGAAUACAAAGGCCACCUCAGCAAUUCCAUAGAGCGUGAGGGAAGCCAGGAGCGAGCAGCCCAGGAGUGGUUCCAACAUGGCACACCUGUUGGCCACAAGGACUGGACCAACAAAAGCACAACCCCACAGUCUCCCAUGGGAGGAAAGCUCCUCAAAGGUGGAGCGGACGCCUUCACAAGCUUCCCCACUCAAGGGAAGUUACCGGAAUCCAAUAACCCCGGUGACCUCACGAUGACCUCCAGGGGGUUAACGGAUUUGGAGAUCGGGAUGUACGCCCUGCUCUGUGUCUUCUGCCUGGCCAUCUUGGUCUUCCUGAUCAACUGCGUGGCCUUUGCUUGGAAGUAUAGACACAAAAGGUUCGCGGUGAGUGAACAAGGCAACAUCCCCCAUUCUCAUGACUGGGUCUGGCUCGGGAACGAGGUAGAACUCCUGGAGAACCCCGUGGACAUCACCCUCCCCUCUGAGGAGUGCACGACCAUGAUUGACAGGGGUCUGCAGUUCGAGGAGAGGAACUUCCUGCUGAAUGGCAGUUCCCAGAAGACUUUUCAUAGUCAGCUGCUUCGGCCCCCUGACUAUGUGUAUGAAAAAGAGCUGAAAAACGAACCUAUGGGUUCCUCCGGCCCAAAGAGGAAGAGAGUCAAGUUUACUUCCUACACCACCAUCCUCCCCGAGGAUGGGGGCCCAUACACCAACUCCAUCCUGUUUGACAGUGAUGACAGCAUCAAGUGGGUCUGCCAGGACAUGGGGCUGGGGGACUCACAGGACUUCAGAGACUAUAUGGAAAGACUGCAGGACCAGAUGUAAAGUCCUUUCUUAAGUUUGUAUUCACCUGUAUGCCUUCUGUUUUCUGAGCGAUGGAACAGUGGGUCUAAUCAGCAAUAGGGGGUGACUCAGCAAAGUGUCAGAGCAGGGGUCUGAAGGGACCCCUCUCUAAGUGGGUAUCAGCGGUCUGGAGAGCUGGUGCUCGAGCUGGGCCAUGUCUAUAAAACUGGCUCCCGGGAAUGGGAGGCAUCCAGAGGCAGCAGCAAGCCUGGCGGUAGACAUGACCCCGCAGACACUGUUAGUCACCUCGUGACCAAUGGCCGUGUAUAAUUAGGAACGUUCCGGGUGGUGUUUCUUUUUUUUUUUCCUAUUCCUAGCCCCUUUAAAGCACAGUGGACACUCAUUGCGCGUGGCCUGAGUUCAAAUCUCCAUGGUGGAAGAUGAGUGAAUGUAGCUUCCUUAGCUGUCAGGAUUGAGGCUCAUUGUUUUUAUACAAAUCUGGACUCAAACCUGUUCUUUUGACUUUACAUUUUUUUGGGGGGGAGGGGUUUGUUUUAGAAGCACUUAAACAAGAGUUGAUGUUUGAUGUUCCAGAGUUUAAUUUUCUGUAGCUCAUUGUGGCCCGUCAUUAUGGGGUCUCCACAUAGGACGUCGUUUGUUUUUUAAAACUUUGUUGCUGGGGAUGGCGUUUAGGAAACAUCUUCUCAUGUUUUGUCCCUCCUUGACAUUGGUCUUUCUCAUCUAUCUAUCUUGGGAACAGGGGUCUGACUGGAGACCCAGGAGAGAGUUUUUUUUUUUAAAUAUAUUUUUCACAUGAAAUUUCAGAUUUGGAGAAAAGUUCUGUCACAAACAUGUUUUUAGUGUCUGCUUGUUAGUUAUUUGCAAAUCUCCUCGGGAAUUUUCUGAGGGAAGAGAGACUCCAAUACCACAGUAUGCAUAUAAGUCCUCUGUGCUCAAUGCAAUGUAUUAAUUCAAACUGAAAUAAAAAACAAAACAAAGCAAAAACAGAAUUGAAGGGCUAGAGAGAUGGCUUGGUGGUUAAGAGCGCUUGCUGCUCUUGUGCAGGACCUGGAGUUCAGAUCGUAGCACCUAGAUGGUGACUCACAACCUUCUAUGUAACUCCAGCUCUGUGUGAUCUGACGCCCUCUUCUGGCCUCUGUGGGUACUACAGUCAUGUGCAACUACAUAGACACACAUUUGCAAGAUUGAAAACAAAAACAAAUCUUUUAGAAAUCAGGAUUAAUUUAUACAACAAAGAUCUGAGGAAAUAUAUUAAACUCUCCAGCUUUGCAGAUUAUCUUUUGAAAUAAUGUUUCAAAUUAGCAAUAUAAGAAUGUCUUAUACAAUGACUGAAAAAAAAAAUCUCGGUUGUCAUUCAGAUAGAGAAGAAACCAUUUCAAACGUCUUUUUGUAGAGAAAGCAAUGGUUUUUCCAAAUUCAUAAGUAUAAAUGACUGUCCCAGAGCCCAAGGUUAAGUUUUUAUAAGCCAUGCUGUUAAAAAGAUUUUUUGCGUAAUUUUCAAUAAAAGUGCUAUUUACAAGCAUCAUGAAUAGUCUCAAGAAAGACAGGGAUUUUUGGCUUAGCCAAAUGUGACAUUUUUGCUUAUCAUAAUGAUGUAACUAGAAAAGCAGAUACUAGACUAGUAUACCUCAUUGUGAACUAACUGAGCCAUUGCCAGCUCUCAAAAAUGGGAUUUUUUUUUAAAAGGCCCAGAGCAGGAAGCACAUGAAGGAGGUCACUGAUGUCGAAGGGCUGACAUCUGCACCUCUCAGAGGAGACCUUUUCUUAUCCCUCUGCUCCCAUUUUUUAUAUGUCCGGGCUGGGAACAUGGCGGCCGUCCCUCCUGUAGGCACGUCAGGACAGCUAAGAUCCUCUCUCUGCCUCUCCCAUCCUCAGCACUGCAAUGUGUUUACAAACAGGGCUGGUCAUGCAGGUCCUAUGCUAUAUCCACCCAGAAGUAUCUUCACAUGCUUUUGUGUUUAGAACGGCUCCUAGGAAUGGGAAGUGCCAACUAGAGAAGGAAGCCAGGAGAUGCAGGCACUGCCGGAGUUUAGCUGACAUCUGCUGCUGCCAAGAGCUCUCUGCUUAGCUCGCUGUUUCCAGGAGGGUUAGAGCAGGGCUGGCAGCCCCAAAAACAUCUGUGCAGAGCAGCAGAGUUCCAGUUAGGGUUCGCUCCUUUUGUGAGCCAUUUAGAAUCCUAACUUCCAUCACAGGAAUAAUGGGAACUCAUUUCUGAAAGCAAGGUACCUCCCUGGAAGCCAGGACUCACAAAGCAGAUUGCCUCCUCUUGGUUAGGUAGGGCCUUGGGUCUGGCUGUAAUUUAGCAGGAAAUUACCAUGGGCUUGCAAUGGGAGCCAGAGGAGCUGGCCAUGGUCCUGAAGACGUCUCCACAGCCCUCUUAUUCAGUGAAUUAGCCUCUGCGCACAUUUCACAGUGUCUUUGUGUUAGCACCAUCAGCUCAAAUCAAAGUCAAGUGGCAGGUUCUAAGGGACGGUCCCGUUCUAACGUGUGACACACAGUUGCAUACAUACAGACACACUUAGGCACAUGUAUCCACAUCUCUCAGUCUUUUGGUAGGAAUCAAAAGAACCUGCCAGUUGUUCUCAGACUCAGCUUGGGCAGGACUCAACAUCACAAUGUCAUGGGAGCAUCUUAUGCUCUAUCCCUUGGAGGUUAUAGAUGGUGGCUAUCUCAGUGUAUGUGGCUUACUUGGUUUUUCUUCAAGCAAGCUAUGAUUUCUGUGUUAGCCCGCGAAAUCCAUGGACCAGAAUGGGGGCAAUGGCAUAAACUUCAAGCCUUAAAAAUCAAAUUUUACAGGGCACUGCCUUUGCCUGGAUUUCAGUUUUCAUGGCUGAGAUAUCUAAAUUAUAACUCCUGAUGAGUAAUCUGAGCCAGAUACACAUGAUCGAGUCCUUUUGUCUGUCACGAGAAUGAGCUCUUCAGCCACACAGAGGGAGGUGGAGACACAAGACGGGCAAAGGUAGUGUGACCUGGGACUUUCGGAAACAAUGCAAUCACUGUGAUGCUUCUGGGUGAAGGCACAGGGACUCCGGAGGCAGGUGCCACAGGAAAGGACUGGAGCUGAGUGGCCGGUGUGGGGAUUUAAGAGAUUCAUAAAUACAGUGGGAUACUCAGCCAGAAGGGCAGCAUGUAACCAAUGUCAGAAAACUAUCUACCUGGCACAUUGACCAGGUACAUUCUCAGACCAUGGCAUCUCUUAACUGUCUAGGCAGGAAGUUUCUACUUACGGUCAUGAAUACAGCCAACACAUGCAUUGAUUCUGUUUUACUCUCCGGGCCACACCUAUGGGCUAAAGUAAUUUGCACCUCGUUUAAGGGUCAGGAAGCCACCUUUGGGUGUUCUGAUUAACAUUUUCGUUUGUUUGUUCCACUCUUUUAGAGGAGAGAGAGAGAGAGAGAGAGAGAGAGAGAGAGAGAGAGAGAGAGAGAGAGAAUGAAGGGAGUUUUCAAUGAAUGAGACCACAGUGAAGCUGUGCCCAUCAGUGAGGAGUCCCCCAGUCCCCAGCAGUGACUGCAGGCAGUGUUUCCGAUACCUCUUUUUAGCCCAUUGGGUUUUCUACUCUGGUCAUCUAAAGAGGGUCACAUUUCUCUAUUCAGGUCUCUGUAAAUGACACCAUGGAUGGUUUGUAAACUGUUCCUUUCUCCUUCAUCAAAACCGUAUUCGUCCAAUGUAAUGCAUCUCGCGCAGAGGGUGGACGGUGAGACAAAGUUUUGCUGAAAUACAGACAGUGGCUAUUUUUGUAUGUAAUAUAGGCAAUAUAACGAAACUGUGAACGGCGUAUUGGAAUAAAUACAUUUAAAAAUUAAAGCAUGUGACAAUGUAACUCUUAAGUGUACAGAAAUCCAGUUCAACAGUAUUUAAAUUACGAUGGGAAAAGCAUCAGGGGCCUGAUGGUGAAAAAUACAUCGAGUUAGGAAUUCUGACCUGGAAAGGACAUUGUGGUUCACGCUGGGAUUGUCAGUGGAAUUUUCCAGAACAUUUCGAUCUUACUCUUCACUCUCCAUUACUUUCUGAAUUUUUUUUCUCCCUCCACGUCCCCCCACCCCCACAAUGGAAAUAUUUCAGAAAUAAAAUGACUUCAUUUUUCAGCAUAAAGGUAUAUUCUAACCACAGGGUAACUCAUCAUUUUUAACAUGGAAAUAAACAUUUGAACCUUC